UGCUCCAGCAGCCUCCCCCGUGAACCCUGUUGUCGCUGGAACCGUUCCAGGUUCCCCACGAGUCCACAUCCCGAGACCCGAAAGCUCGGCUUCCAUGCCGGUGGGAAUGCGGGGUACAGUCGGCUUAUUCCCCGGCUGCCGCCGAUCCGCUUGCCCGCCACAACAUCUCCUGCCUUGAGAGAAGAGUUAGACUCGAGAUCCAAGCUACUGUGAGAAGUCGCCUCAUCAGAACAUUAUCCCCGGACGAACAGUCAAACUUGCUCUUUUGAGGGAAUACUACUGGAUCCAACACUAUCCAUCCCCAUUCUUCACAUCCGACGGAAACGUUUAUAUUGUCCGUCAUGGCUGCCCCUACCCCUGAGCGCCGGUUGAAGAACCCAGCUAUCUUCAUAUGCGACAUACAAGAGAAAUUCCGCCCCGCCAUCUUCGAAUUCGACAAGGUGAUCCUCACGGCGCGCAAGCUGCUCCGCGCCGCCACCGACCUGCAGAUCCCCGUCUUCGUGACGACGCAGAACCGCGCCCGCCUGGGCGACACCGUCGCGGAGCUGCAAGACCUCCUCGCCGCGGCGGGACCCCUCGUCAAGGCCGACGUCGACAAGACCCGCUUCAGCAUGUGGCUGCCCGAAGUCGCGUCCCACCCGCAUUUCACUUCGUCUUCGUCGCCGAACACAAGCAGCAGCAGCAGCGAGGUGGCGAUCGUGGGGAUCGAGUCGCACAUCUGCGUCACCCAGACGGCACUGGACCUGCUGCAGGCGGGCCACCGGGUGUAUGUGUUGGCCGACGGGGUCAGCAGCUCCAACCGGGAGGAGGUCGGGGUCGCGCUGGCGCGGCUGCGGCAGGCCGGCGCCGUGGUCACGACGAGCGAGAGCUGGAUCUACGAGUGCAUGGGCGACGCCGGGAUUCCGGAGUUCAGGGGGAUGGUGAAGGUUGUGAAGGAGACCAUGGGGGAUACGAGGGCUGCGCUGCAGGCUUUGUUGGGGAGUAAGAUUUAAGUGGGAGAUACCAGGUUAACCGAGGCGACGGAUCAUUCCUACCUAGGCAGAGACGGCAAGCAUGAGCGAAAUUAUGGCUAAAGCUUUGAGCCCUUCGUUGGUUUUGUUUUUGGCUAUUUUGUAAAA